AUGGGGUCAGAAUGGAGUUCUCUAUCCACAAAUCAUGACACACCACCUCUUAACCAAAAGGAAGCUGUACUGCUAGCUAACGAAACACAUUAUCGACCUGAAGAAUUGAAGCAAUUACACUCCCGUUUUUAUCGAGAUAUUAUCGCCUUAUCCUCAUCUCUCAGUGAUGUUUCACAUCAGGGUAUUGAAUUCCCAAUUUUUUGCACUUGUGCAACAUUUCUUGGAGUGAAAAGUCCCAUUUUGCAGGAAAUGUUUUUUGUUACGUUUGACCAAAACCGUGAUGGUAUCAUUACAUUUGAUGAGUUCGCCGUAGUGCUCUCAAUAAUGUCCCGAGGGACAUCGCGGGAGAAGAUUGAUUUGGCCUUUCAUAUGCUUUAUGUGGUUAAUAAUUAUCCACAUCCCAUGCCAUCCAACGGUUCUACACUUCAACGAAAAGGCGUUUCUGUUGUUGUGGAGGCUUUAAAGGAAACGUUUGGAUCUCUUACACCAUCUGUAGAUAAACAACAAGAACACAUGUCGAUGUUUGGUACAUUGAAUAUUGUGGAAGAAUUGUUUGGAUCUUCUCUAGAGGUGACUCGUAGGGAGUUUGUAGCCUACGUCACACGAUCGCCUGCAGUGUUGAAGGGUCUUGCCAUCAGUUAA